UCGAGCACUGGAGUCUUCCUAGCAUCCUAGGGGCAUCAUCGUCUCCGUCUCCGUUCGCUCUGCUGCUGCUUCCUCCUUACCGCCGUCCGGCACGUACACGCGAAACCCUAACCCUAGCAGUCCUCCUCGUAGUCCGGCGAGAUGUUCGGCUACCACCAGAAGGGCGGCGACAUCGAGGCGGGGACCUCGGGCGGGGCCGGGGCGGCGCCGACGCGGGGUCUGUACCCCGGGAUGACGGAGAGCCCCGAGCUGCGCUGGGCGCUCAUCCGGAAGAUCUACACCAUCCUCUCCCUGCAGCUCCUCCUCACCGCCGCCGUCGCCGCCGUCGUCGUCAAGGUCCGGGCCAUCUCCCACUUCUUCGUCUCCUCCAAUGCCGGCCUCGGGCUCUACAUCUUCCUCGUCAUCUUCCCCUUCAUCGUGCUGUGCCCGCUGUACUUCUACCGCCAGAAGCACCCAGUGAACCUGCUGCUGCUUGGCAUCUUCACAGUCGCCAUCAGCUUCGCUGUCGGCAUGACAUGUGCCUUCACUAGCGGCAAGGUCAUUUUGGAGGCUGCAAUUCUUACAGCAGUGGUGGUUGUUAGCCUCACUGCUUACACCUUCUGGGCGGCAAAGAGGGGCCAGGACUUCAGCUUCCUUGGUCCUUUCCUGUUCGCUUCCCUCAUAGUGCUGAUUGUGUUUGCGUUCAUUCAGAUCCUCUUCCCAAUGGGUAAGCUCUCUCACAUGAUAUAUGGUGGGCUGGCAGCGCUCAUCUUCAGUGGCUACAUUGUCUACGACACCGACAACAUCAUCAAGCGCUUCACAUACGAUGAGUACGUCUGGGCUGCCGUCUCACUCUACCUCGACGUCAUCAACCUAUUCAUGGCCCUGAUCACCCUGUUCAGCGCGGCCGACAGUUAAGCACAUCGCCCUGCCCCUGCUAGAUCUAUGCCUCGUGCUGUGCAUACAUUCUGGUUUCAAAUCCCGUGGCCAAAUCUCCCGUAUCUUGAUGAGUCUUCAUGACUUGAGAAUUGUAUAGGUGUCUGAUGUCUCGCUUGCACGGUGGAAAUGUGGCCGAGUUUGAGUUGAGUUUAGUCGAUCCCUACCUAGCAAAUGUUAAGAAAGUUAAUCACCACGUUCUAUGUAUGGAUGAUGGAUGUGAUGCUGGAUUUAGGGGUUCUUUGACAUAUAAUGAUGGUUGGUGGUGGCUCUGCUUUAUGGCCUUGUUAGAA